UCUCCUCUUCAACACAUCCUACCCCGGGGCCUUCCUCCCCAUGACCCAGCAGCCUUCGUCUUCGGCAGCUUGCUCGUGAAAAAGGAACUCUGGGGUUGUGUGCGCACACCCACCCAGACACACGCACUUGCGCACACACGCUCACACACGCUUCCCCGUCCCCUGCCUGCGCUCUCUGAGCCCAGGGGACUUCGGUGGCAGAGGCGUUUCAGUUCUCCCUGUUGUGGGAGCUUUUUUUUUUUAAAUCAUUCAAUAACCAUUAAUGAUCAGUUCUAGCACACACCCUGAAUAGAAACAAAACUUUUGAAUGCUGGAUUCAGAAAAAAAAAAAAGUUAUCUGGACAGCUUCUUUGAGACUAUUUAAAAACUGGUACAACAGGUCUCUGCAACGCCAAGAUCUAACUAAGCUUUAAAAGGUCAAGAAGUUUUAUGGCUGACAAAGGACUUGCGCCACUGCGGAAGGCCUUUUCCACUCUCAGCUUCAGGAGAUUUGGGGGUCUUGCCCCCGCCGUCCUCUUCCAUGUGUCUGAGCCGCGCUUCUCCGCACCGAGGGCUGCAAUAGCUUUGUGUGGUUGAUGGAUAGCUGGGAGUAUGGCCACCCUGCUCCACGAUGCGGUAAUGAACCCAGCAGAAGUGGUGAAGCAGCGCUUACAGAUGUACAACUCGCAGCACCGGUCUGCCCUCAGCUGCAUCGGCACAGUGUGGAGGACCGAGGGGUUGGGGGCCUUCUACCGGAGCUACACCACGCAGCUCACCAUGAACAUUCCCUUCCAGUCCAUCCACUUCAUCACCUAUGAGUUCCUGCAGGAGCAGGUGAACCCGCGGAGGGACUACAACCCGCAGUCCCACAUCAUCUGUGGUGGCCUGGCUGGGGCCCUCGCUGCGGCUGCCACCACCCCCCUCGAUGUCUGCAAGACCCUACUCAACACACAGGAGAAUGUGGCUCUGUCCCUGGCCAACAUCAGUGGCCGGCUGUCGGGCAUGGCCAACGCCUUCCGGACGGUGUACCAGCUCAAUGGCCUGGCAGGCUACUUCAAAGGCAUCCAGGCACGCGUCAUCUACCAGAUCCCCUCUACGGCCAUCUCCUGGUCCGUCUAUGAGUUUUUCAAGUACUUCCUCACCAAACACCAGCUGGAGAACCGAACUCUGUACUAAAGGAAUGGGCUAUGGGAAGUGGUUCUGGAAUCUUUUGUUCACGAAAGCCUUCCCCUGCCUGCCUGCCUGCCUGCCUGCUGGUCCCUCGGCCUCAAGUCCAAGGUCCUUUUCUUGAGGGUGCCCUUGAUAUGUGCUCUCUGAUGCCUUAGAAAGAGGGGAGGCCAAGAUGGCCGCUGAGCAGAAGGCUGUCUGUCCACAGGGACAGGAAAGACUCGGGGAGGGGAGCAAGAUAUGGCUGCUGCUUCUCCUCCCCCAGAGAAUGUAGCUUUUCUGCCUCACUGUGGCAGACUCCUCCCUCCAUCCUUAGGUCAUACAGGAGGGAAGAGGAAAUACAGUGACUAAACACAUUAGAAAGUAUAUAUAUAUAUAGUUCCACUAUACAGUCUAAAAUAGAUGGAUAAUGUUUAUCCUUUAUUUUUCUACAUAGAAAUUUUUGAAUUCGUGUGUAUUCUUGUGUGUGUGUCCAUAAAUAGUAUUACAGACAAGCCGAUCAAGCUGUUUUUAAAAAACAGGAGGGCUGAAUUCUUCCAUCAGGCCAAGUAAAAAGGCACCAAAGUGAUAAAUGGCUGAAUGUGGCCCCAAAUUGCAUGUAGGUCCCCCCAGAUGGAAGUUUCACUUGAAUGUAAAAUAAUAAACAUUAAGUGUAUAUUUUGAAUUUCUCUUUUAAUGGGGAAAGAAGGUACGUUAAAAACAAUUGUGCUACUUGACAAUUUUUAAUUCAAUCAGUCACUCACUUUCAUGUGCCUUAUCCCCUUGUCUUUCCUAAAAAUUCCAGGACCAAAGAUCAGGCCCUGGCACGUUUCUCACUGCUGUGUUACGCACACACAUGGCCCAGGCAGUAGGAUCGCUCCUGCAGUAGGCUGGUGGCCUGAGUACAUUUAGGGCAACCAGACUGACACCUGCUGAGGCUGUUCCUUUGCUCGUUGUGAGUGACCUGAAUUUGUGCCUCCAUUGGUCACAUGUAGAAGCCCUGGAUCUGCCAGCAUUUGGCUACUUGAGUAGGUCAUUGGGAUAAAUCCUACUUUUAUCCUAAGACUUAUUAUGAAUCAGCCUUUUUUCCCUCAGGCACUUCAGGACAUUUGGCUUUUAUGUGUUUGGACUAAGUCUUCUCCUGUCCUGCCUUUCCCUGUACUGUCUAGGGAUUAACAAAACGGAGCCAGCACACCUCUGGCACUUGGCUGUGCCCUUGUCCUGUCCCAUCCUUUCAUUCCCUGUCACAUUAGCUGGUGAAAAGUCUGGGCCCUCCAGCUGGGCCUCACUGCAGAAGUCUGGCCUGGACCCUCAUGGCCAAGGCUACUCUCCAGCCUUGUGCAUGUCACU